AUGUCGGUUAUGGAGGUAAACCGCACAUUGGUGGACAAGAAUUUUGACUGCUAUGAGCUCGCUACAGAUGGUAUCCGUAGGUAUGCAACUGUGCUUUCAAUCGAAGCGCUAAAACCGCUGGGAGUAAGUGAAAACAUGCGUAAAGCGCACUGGGAGUCACGUGUCCACUAUAACGCUUUGACGGCAGAUCCAUUUCUGAGUCAAAGUGAGGAUACUAGUGUUGCAUACUAUGUAAAUGCAGAGUAUCAACUUGUACAGGUUAUGAGCUGCAAGAGAGCUGCUGAAGUCAAGUGUGAGAACGUUUACAAUUUGCCAGUGUUGACGACACGACAGGAGAAUGUAUCGGUGCUAGUAGCAGAUAAAGGCUUGGUUGUGUAUUGUGAUGGACAAGGGACGCUAUACUUUCUAAAAGCUGAGGCUGAUCCAAAAGAAGGAGACAAAUGGAGUGUUGUGUACAAAUGUUCGCCGUGGGGUGUCACCCCGUUGCUUCUUUUGGGAGCUUCCUACGAUGAACAAUAUCAGCAUAUUCAUGUUGUAGUGGCUGAACCGUUGUUGGAAAAGGAAACUGACGGAGCGUUUCGACUCUCUUUGAUUAGAGUGAAACUAAAGGGGUCUAUUACUGCAAGUGAUGUGGAGACUGAGAGUAGAGAUGCUGGACUGGAACACGUGACAUUAAGGAUUGCCAUUGUGACGAAACUACCGGCAUACGUUUCGUUUAACGGACCAGAAAUGGUUUUGCUUGUAGACGGAACAUACCAAUUGCUUCUUGAGUUUGCAGCAGACAAGAAGGAGCAGACGACGAUGGAAAAAGAUACACAAGGGAUUGCCACAUUGAUGCCUCACAAGCGUCGUCAUGACGAAGAUGAAUUAGACGACAACGAGAUGGCUGCGUUCGUGUCUAUGCUCCCCCGAGCAGGAAUUGGUUUUCACGGCAAGAUCUUAAAGCCUAAAGAACCUAGUGAGUUGGCGUCUCUCGACUCUACUACGCCGUUGAGUGAGCGGUUUCACAAGUCUAGCACGCCGUUUUGUUCGGUAGACAUAUCAUUCCACGACGCACCCGAUGUCUCGACGCGCUACCGCAAGGAAAACAUCGGCAGCAGCGAAAGACGCUCACUCGAGAUCCCGACAGCUGAGUCCGUUCUCAACGGCAUUGAGGAAUGCGAUGGCAGCGAUCCAAACGCCAAGGCGUCGUUGUUGCUAGUAAACUGUACACGACAGACGGUGCAACAGCAAGUAGAUAUCGACUGUCGGAACUUUCAGUUCUUGUGUCCAAGUGCUCGUGCCCGUGGACCAAAUGACCUGAAGUCUACACUACUUUUCCGGAAUGAUGUGCAUGGUCUUGUUUUCGAGCUAAGCUCAGUCUGUUCUCGACUGAAAUUGCAACACACGGCUACCUUACCAGCAUUUGGAUUCGUACAGGCGUCUAAACAGGAGCAAAAGUUCCUGUCAUUCCAUCCGUCAGGUUCAUUCGCUUGCAUCGGUGAGUUUGAGCGUCGUGUGUUCGUGUACCGAGGCAGCAAUAUAAAAUCAGACUGCAAUUUACACACGCGUAAACAGCACGUAGUAGAAUUUGGUGAUCAAGAACUUGUAGGCAUGCAGCUUGUCAAUGAUAGCACGAUCCUCGUACUUACGUCGAGUCAUAUCUAUACGCUUCUGUUGGAUGCAUAA